AUGCUUCCCACGAUGCUCACAAAAGCGCUUGCUCUUGCAUUUUUGGUGGGACAGGCCAUUGCCGAAGAAAAUCCUGGCUCGUACAUCCCAUAUGCCGACUCUGGAUGCACGAAGGCAAUCCCGGAUUCAACUUACGACCUCUCCGAUCUGGCUACAGGCGUCGAAAAAUGGCGCAUUCGCAAAGGCUAUCCCGCCUUCACCCAGUUUAAACAAGCCCACUUUCCAAGCGCAAAAUCUGCAGUUGGUGGCUCCGGCAAACAAGUAUGGUGGAAGCUGGCGAAGGCACCAGAUACACAAUGCCGUAUCGUUAUGAUGCAACGGUACUCGCAACUGUCAUAUGGAGAUGCUGACCCUAAACAACCCCCGGGAAACAUCUUCAUCACAGCGGGCAUGGGAACUACUGGCUGCUUCUUCUCUCAACUCAGGGAUGGCGUCGAUCUUAUGACAACAUACUGCUGUGGUAAAGCGGAUUGUGAACAGUUAAGCAUGGGGAAUGGGGCCCUUUACCGCCGAGACGAGGCUGGUAACUUUUCUUUCAUUGAGGGGAGCGUAGAAGCUGCCCCAGAGACUCAUUCCCGCGUUGGCUCUGCCGUGGCACGCGCUGCCGAUAUGGUCGCAAAGGAGGAAGCUCGCAGAGAUCUCGACGACGUUGUCGCAUCAACAUCAUUGAUUGAGGAACGGGCGACCGUAUUCAAUCCCAAAGAGUGGACAAAGUGCAAAGUAAGUAAGAACCAAGGCGCACACACAUCUGCCGGCAAGCAAACCAUAAUUGGCAAUGUGCAAACCUGCACCAGUCCGCCUUGCACCUUUGCCGUAUCGCAGAGCAUCGAUUCGUCGACCACCCUCACCCGCAGCCGGUCCGUAACCAUUACCAACGGCUUUGAUGCCAGUGUUUCUUUCUCCGGUGGCAUUACAUGGCCAGUGAAAGCCGAAACUACGGUGUCUGCCGGAUAUCACUUCAGUGCGGCGAUCGCUACGGAUACAGGGACUUCCAUGACAAAUGGCAGGAGUACUACUGUUUCAAAUACUUUCGGCUUACAAAUUGGUACUACUGGUUUUGCGACCUUUACCCCGACAUUGCGCUGCUUCACCGUCGAAGUGGAUUGUGGGGGUGGAUCUACCAAUGGAUGGCAUCAAUGCAACCCGGUCUUUAAUUCAGAUGGCAAGACUCUGCAGGGGGACUACAAUGUGGUGUAUAUUGGAUAA